CAUGGGCCAACCGAGUCGUUUUCAGGAUCAACCAUACAUACAACAAACCUCGGCGUGUCAAGGAAUUCCGGCAUCAUUCGUCUCUUCUUUUCUAUCACCCCUCCGCCCUUUUCUUCCAAAAAGUGAUUGCAAUCUUGUACGCGUUCGUGUGUCAUCGUCUACACUUUCUCUCGAUUCGAAUUGAUGCGGCCGAAAAACGAAAUGCUCUUCCUGUCGACCGCCUUGUUCCUGCUGGUGGCUCUCCUUCAGUCUUCCCAAUGCACGGACGUUAACAACGAUUCGUCGGUAAUCGAAGCCGUGGGUGGUGCUGGUGACUCUCAGGCUAAAGCUGAGAGUCUUGCCUCCACCGAAGACAAGCUGUCUUCGGCUUUGACCGCUGAUGGAAUGGCUACACGAGCCCGCUACUUCAAAUCCUUUGGCGGCAAUCCUACCGGCGAUCCCAAUCUCAACAUCUACUCCUUCGGACUUGGCAAACGGACAAGCAGAAGCUACUCGAUCAAUCCUUAUUCUUUCGGACUGGGCAAACGAGCCGGCAAUGCCAAGAGUUAUCCGCAGCAAAUUCCCUAUUCGUUCGGACUGGGAAAGCGCAAUCCUACCAAAUACAACUUCGGAUUGGGCAAACGACCCGACAGAUUCGGAUUCGGACUGGGCAAACGCAACUUGAAAGACGACGAUUUGGAUCAGUGGCAGAACGACGAAGAAUAUUCGCAAUUCGACGAUACGGAGGAAGACAUCGAAGGGAGAGAGGACGACUCUCAAGAGAUCAUGGAUGUCAAUAAACGAUCUCAAAUGGCAGCGGGACAACAACAGCAGCAACAACAACACCAGGCCUUUUUCCCCAGCCACUUGCAAUCGGCUUUUUACGGCGGGCCCUUCAUGUCCAAUUUGGCGAGGGCGAAUACUCACGGUUUCGGCAAGUCACGCACUUUUAAUCAACAGGCUGCAGCACACGAUCUUCCAAAUCUCGGUAAACGGCUGCCAGUCUACAAUUUCGGGCUGGGCAAGUAGAAAAAGAAUAAACUAAAAAAACAAAACGACGCGCCGAGAUGAAAUGAGCCGCUCCACGAAAAAAGAAAAAAAAGGAUUGACGGCCAUAUCCUACGAGUCUUUUAAAUACUAUCCAUUUUCUCUUUUAUCCGUUUCCCGAUUUCAUCAUUUUUAAAUAUUGAAGGAAAAUACUAAAAGUUUGUACUCCUAACAUCAUUCUUCAUGAAUUGCGUUAAUAUCUGCUGAUAAUUCCAACAUGUGAAUAUAUCAAAAACAUUGAAUGAAAAAAAAUAGGAGUCUUAUUUAAAAAAUACAUAUCCGACGUCAAUGUUGAAAAAAAAAACCAACACCUAAAAAUAUCCUUGACAUUUUCCUCCCUUUUUAUCCCAUAGAAUGUUAUAGGCUUGCUUUGCUUCUGUCCUAUCCACUCUCCGUAAUUUCUGCCGAAUUUAUAAUAUUUGAACGCUUGGUAUUUUACUUUGAGCUUCUUGACCGAGAAAAAACGUUGCGACUGCAUACAUUAUCAAAAAAGGAACUUGUGUGUGUCGACUUGUGUGAUGUGAAACACGAAAAAGCUACUUCCCAUUGAUAAAAAUAAUAGGGUGAAAUAAUAUCUGAAUAUACACGUCCUCCCACGCGGAGUCUCCAGAAUA